AUGUGCAACGUCUUUGAAUCACCCAACAAGCGCUUGGCGCGCUUGGCGCUUGGCGAUGUGGUCUACGGGCGGAAGCGCCAGCGCUUCCUGACCAGACGCCACGUCUAUGACCUCGAUGUGCUGCUCCCCUGGCGACUGUGGUUGGAGACCAUCAGCGCGGCCGAGGCUGUGGAAUCUGGCGGAGAACCUUUGCAGGCCUUAGGCCGUGGCUUGCGCGCCGCCGAAGAGACUGAAGCCCUGGCGCUACAGAGCCUGCACGCGCGCUUGCAGGCGCGAGACUGCGUGCGCUUCGCUGGGGGUGCAGAAGCCUUGGAGAAGCGAGUUCGGGACACGCGGGCCAAAGCCGUGCAAGCUGUACGUCCCUGGAUCGAAUUGCUGGCAGAUCGCAGGCAGUGCCACGAAGUGAGGAAAGCCAUGGAAGUACUCCUGAAAGAGACCAAGGAAGAGUACAACUCCACGCUGUCCAUGAAAACGGCGAAAGCUGAAGUGGUGCAAGAACUUCAGGACCGCUCUGGGCAACAGGAAUGGACUGUGAAGCAACUACAAGAUGCGGUGGAGUCUUUGGAAGAGACACACCUUUGCGAGGCCUCGUCUCCCAUGGACCUGGAGAGUUUUUUUGUGGACACCAUGAGCCAAAGCAUCCCAGAGGACUUGGGUUUGCGCGCGGUGAACUGUCUCGAAGCGUUGGUGCGCUGUGGCAAUGCUGCCGCGCGAGCCUUGGAGUCGGUUGGAAGGUCUCCCGCAUCUCCAGGUGAUUCCAGUGAGCUGUUGGCCACUUCCAUGGAGCAAAGCCCUGAGGUGCCACGGGAGCCACUUGGAGCCAGGGAAAACAUCAAUGUGGUCAUAGCCGGCGGCAGGACAUGGGAUGCUGCCUUUUAUGGGAUGACCGCUCGCAAUCACACGGAUUGGGCCUCCGGCUAUGGGACAUUCAAUCAAGGGCAGAAUCCCAAAAAGCUGUUCAUUUAUUCCUUCUUGAUUCCAUGCGACUGCGACGGCGAGUUUGGCAUGUGCGCAGAAAAUCUGGAAAAGAACAUUCUGCGGCUGCACAAGUUUUUCAAGCUGGAGGAGGUCUAUAUUAGCUGGUCGAAUGAUGGACCAAGGCCAGGUGAUACAGCAUGCGCAAACAACAGAUUUAAGACCUUGAAAGACUCGAAGCUUCUCAAAGUGGUGGAGUAUGGCAAAGUAUCCAUUGCAGGAUAA